CCAACAACUUUGUUGGCAACACUUUUACUUAAAGCGUACAUAAAUAUUUUUCACGCAGAAAAAAUUUCUUGCAUUAAUACAAGAAAAAUCAAAAUAAACAAAUAAAUUGAAAAUUUGCAUCGAAUUGGCAUAUUUUACAAUGCGAUAUAAAGAAGAUCUCUAAGAAAAAUUAAAGAAAAGUGUCACUAGUGUAUUAAAUUUUACCACUUUAAUUUAGAAAAUUUUUUACGGGGGUGAAAAGAAAAAGGAAGAUAAACUACAAAAAAAAUCCAAUGUUUUAAUUGGAUUUUCUAUCAAACAGACAAUAAUUGAAAAACAUUAUCGAACUGGCCAAUAGUAAUCAAUGGUAAUCAAGUGAAAGCCAUUUAUACGAUAACAUCUUCCAAACAGCAGCAAUAGCCAUAGACAGCUACACAAUGUCAGCGCCUCAACAGUAUUCACUGCGUUGGAACAACUACUUUCGUCAUUUAACUUAUGCUCUGGACAAUCAUCGUGUCAACGAUGACUUUGUCGACGUCAGUCUAUUGUGUGACGGCCGCAAAAUUAAAGCCCAUAAAGUUGUUUUAUCUGCUUGCAGUUCGUAUUUCAAGGAGAUAUUUACCGAAAAUCCCCAUCCGCAUCCUGUUAUUAUAUUUAAAUUUAUUAAGUAUGAAGAUCUCAACUCAAUUAUAGAGUUUAUGUACCAGGGCGAAGUUAACGUUCAACAAGAGGCUCUUCAAUCAUUUUUACAAACCGCUGAACUGCUGGCAGUCCAGGGUCUGACAGCUGAAGAAAAAGAGAAACCAAAACCACCAACCCCACUCAUUGAAGAACAGAAAUUAAUGAAAUCCAUACCCAGCACUAUACGCGCUGUAAAUGAUGCCACAACCGCUACUCAAACCAUUGAUAUUCCCCUGCUUCAUACCACCACACAACAAAUACAAAUUCCGCAGCUACAGACGCAAACUCAGACUACAACAGUUCCUCAGCAACAACAACAGCAGCAGCAUCAUCAUGUUCAAACACAAAUCCAGCACAUACAAGUACAUCAGAAUACAUCACCUGCGACAACUCAUCAAGUUACCACUGUAACGGGACAUCAACACACACAUCAGCAACAGUUACAGGUCCAGCAUCAAGUUCAACAACAACAGCACCAACACCAUCAGCAAUCAUCCCAAACCCAACAAGUUCAAGUGACUACACAACCAACACAAUUGAGUGCAAAUAUAGUUACACUGCCGGCCACCACAGGCAAUUCGAUGAAAAAACGUAAAAUAACAUUUUCCGAUGAUGAUGACAAUAUUUACACAACGGAAACGGUGGACGAACAAACUAUUGUGAAGACUGCAGACAUGACACUUUUAAGAGGAACCAUAAAGAUGGAUAUACCCGAAUAUAUAGUAAGUGAAGUAGAUGAUCGACUUUCAGAUGCUGGUGGGACACCGGGAAAUAAUCAAGAUUCAGCAAAUAGUGGUCAGAAUGUUGCCCAAUAUCCUUCAGAAUACGAGAUAUUAACAGAAUCUGAAAUAGAUGAUAAAUUUCAUCAAGGAGAUAAUUCAGAAAUGACACUCGAAAUGGGCCGUUUAUUAAAUCCAACCACCACAUCAACCAGUACAUCACAAAAUGCAUUAGAUGAUACAACCACCUCCAGUUCAAAUGUGCUGUCAACAAUUAAAACUGAAAAUAAAGUCAGUUCAACAGAUUUACCCAAUAACAAAUGGACAGAAUGUCAAUUUUGCAAAAUGGUUAUAACAACAGUUAAUCUUUGGAGACAUAUUCGUACCCAGCAUACUCCACAGCCACCGCGUAAAUGUGAAUUGUGUAAUAAAAAUUUCAAAAACAAAUACAGCCUACGUGAGCACAUACGCAUUUCACACGAACAAAAGUUGGCCCUUAAGACGGAAAACUGAUCAAUAGUUAAAGAGUGUAAAUAUUUCAUCCUAAGAAGCUAGUCGCCAUAUAUGAUUAAAAAAAAAAACAAAUCUAAUUUUAAAGAAGGAUAAAAAACAAACUAAAGCUAUUUCCGCAAAAACAGAAAAUAUCUAUAGAAAUUAAUAUUAUUCAAUUUAAAUCUUAAAAGAAUUUCGUAAAUUAGAGAAUAAUAACUGAAGUGUUAUGUUGAACCAUAUUGAAUUAUAAACAAAAACAUUUACAUAAUUUAAUGUAGUUUGUAUGUAAAUUACAAAUAUGAAAUAAAAUCUAUAUUAUAAAUACACACACAGUUUAAAAUUUAAGUAGUUUAAUGUAAAUACUAACUAUUUUUCUAUUUCUUUUAAUUUUAAAGUUAUAUUUUCCCUCUUCCUUUGUUUACAUUGAAAUACAAACAUAUUUUUAAUUAAAUUCCCUCCUAAAAACUUCAUAAAUUCUAUACAAUGUGAAAAGUUGUUUAACACAUGAAUUUAUGUUUACAAAUGAAAAUACAUUUAAAAUUAAGUUGUAUUUAUGUAUCAUAUUUAUUAUAAUUUCUCUUAAUUCAUAUAUAGUACUGAUUGCGUAUUUCGUUUCGAAUGAAAUGAUUCCAAAAAUUCAACGUAUUUUAUUUUCAAAGAAAAUUUUAUUAAGUAGAUAUCAGUAUCCAGGAAAAAGUAAAGUAAAUCUAUAAACAAAUAUCGUAGGAAAAGAAAACAUGAUUUCGUUGAUUUUAUUAAAAUGGAAUUAUUUUCAAAACUAUUUCAAAAUUGUAGUAAUAUUCGAGAUCUUUAAAGGGUUUUAGGAAAAGCAUUUUGAUUCAAAAGAAAAAGUCUUAGAAAUACAAUGAAUGUAUUUUGUAAACAUAUUCGAAUAUUCUUGUUUUCGAACAGAGUCUGCAAGCCAGUAGCAUUUUGUUAAAAUUUGGUGUUUUCACGAAUAGUUAAUAUUUUUAUUAACGGCAAUAUAUUUUUUAAAUAAAUUUUUGAAAUAAAAAAAAAAAUUUCAAAAAAAAAUUAAUUGCAAAACUUUGAAAAUAAAAGAAAAUGUACAUAAAAAAGCCAUAUUAAAAUAAAACAAUAAAUUUUAAUUUUUUAUAUAUGUAAACCUCAUUGGAAAGACAUUUUAACUGAAUAUGUAUUUAAAAUGAACACAUAAAUCCGACACAUUUGCAAAUUAUUAUAAAAUGUAAUUUUAUUUAAAAUAUAAAAAUUUAAUAGAAAUGAAAAUAAAAUUUCAACUGUAA